AUGAACAGGGUGGAACAGUUAACCGAGAAGGGUAGUAGUAGCUCGCCGUUACUUGUACUGCCUGAGUUACCGCGGUCAUCAGACGAGAGCAGGCGGCAGAGGUCACAAGAACGCCGCCGGCAUAGCAUCGCAAGCUCCUCGCUGUUCUCUGAGAAUCCCGGAGUCAAGGUGUUGAGGAGCAGCCCUCGGUCUUCACGACGCAGUUCGGAAUUUUCUGAGGAAAGUCUGAGAGAAGGGAAUUUCGAUAAAAGGCUCCAUCGCUCUACCGUUGGGUUGGUAGACGAGGUGAAAAGGGAGAGGUCGUUGACACCUGUUUGGGUGACCAUCCCUCGUAAGGGCGAAACAGUACAUUCUAGAUCGAGCGAACGCCAAGCUAAGAACGACGUUGAACAUUCAACCAAACGGAGGGAAUUUGCAGCAAAGAUAUCUACAGGAGUCCUCGACGAAUGUAGACAACAUUCAGGAGAGGAGACCAAACUGUUUUGUGCCCAGUGUAACGUACCAGUGUGCUGUGAGUGCCUGGUAGAACACCACAAUGGCCACUUCAUGUGUCGCCUGAGGGAAAAGGCACAGUCGGUACGCCGCAAGAUCAAAAACCGCCUUCGCAAAAUGGAGGGCAAGAUCCAGGGGGUAAAAGACGUCCUAUCCGCCGUCAGGGAUUUGGAAUCCUCGCUGAAAGAGCAGAGAGACACCGUGGAAAAAGGAGUAAACUCAGCGGCACAGAAGCUGAUAGAGCUGGUUCGCAAACAGCAAGGGGAGAUCGUGUCAGAACUCGACGCCGCCUACAUGAAGGAACAAGGCGACGUAAAAUCACGCAAAGAAGAGCUGGAAAAAUCAGUCGAAAAACUAUCACAGAUCCACGACAAAAUACAGGAAGACCUGGGAGCGAAGGGUGACCUGGAUAUAGUACUUGAACGGGAACAGGUAUUGAAGGAUGUCGAGAAAGCUUUAGAACAAGCAGAUGUUGCAGGGCAAGUUAGCGAGAAGGUGCUGUUUAAUUUUGACCCCAGCCCCAUAGACGAGGCCACUGUUCGCCUGGGGCAACUGGUGGUACGAAAGGGUGAACGCAGCAGUGAGAUACCAACUAUUCUUGUGACAGAAACAGUAGAUGGUGGGAUGGGGUCACAGGUAGCAUCUCAUGAUGAUUUGAUAGAUGACAUAAGCUCUCGCUCUCUUUCUCCUGUCCCGCCAACAGACCUACAGUUCGGUGUAAGGGGGGACGGGGAGGGAGAGCUCAACUCUCCUUGGGGCGUUGCCGUUUCUGACAACGGGGACAUCUACGUGGUGGAAAACCUCAACAAACGCGUGCAGGUGUUUAACGUCUACGGGCAAUACCUCCGCCACUUCUCUACGGCCGUGCCUACUUCGUGCCCGUCUCACCCGGUGGGAGUUGCCGUAGGGCCGGACGGGAAAGUUCUCGUCGCCGACGGCCAGUCCGUCAAAGUCUACGCCGCCGAUGGCACGUUUCAGACCAGCUUCGGAGAGGGUUUAUUCGAGGACGUGUGGGGGGUAGUUGUAGACGGUAACAACGGUAGGGUGAUCGUAACAGACAUCGCGAAACAUCGCGUGACCGUGCACGACGCAUCGGGCGCCCUUCGCACGCAGUUCGGCUCGGAAGGCAGCGGGCCGGGCAUGCUCUCCUACCCGUACCACGUUACCGUGAACGCGAUCGGCGACAUCCUGGUCUCUGACUCCGGUAACAAUUGCGUGAAGCUAUACGACUCGACUGGAAAGUUUCGGCUGCAGUUUGGCCAGAAGGGAAAACAGACCGGUCAGUUUCUCUCUCCUCGAGGGAUCUGUGCCGACCGUGAUGGUCAGAUCAUAGUGGCGGACAGUAACAACAAGAGGAUUCAGAUGUUCGACAGUGUUGGCGAGUUUUCCAGCGUGAUCACGACCGAGACGUACGGUAUACAGUACCCGCGGGCACUGGCGCUCACCCCCGACGAUAGACUAGUCGUCACCGAUAGUGAUUACUGUACCGUUACAGUCAUGGGCUACAUGUCGGAACUAUGA